AUGCUGUCCUUUCGUCCAGCAAUCGUCGGUGCCAGAGACCGAUCGCUGCCAGUUGCUGUCGCGCCAACACCAGAGAGAGACUGUUUCUCUUGUCUGCCCGUCAUCACACUGCCCAGCGUUGUAGCGCCACAAAAAAACACAAUGAAUAAAGAAAACGAAGUCCUAAAAGAUCUGGUGAGGGCAGACUUGGCCAAUUCCACUGCUGCCUCAAAUCUCGCCUUCAAUGAGAAGGUAAAGGCAAUGAUAAGAUCGGGAAGGAAGGUUUACCACUUCGCAUUCGGCCAGUCUCCGUUCCCCAUUCCGCCAUGCUUAGUGAAGGCCAUGCAGGAGUAUGCUCAUGUACACGAUUAUUUACCCAUGACAGGCCUUCUUGAACUCCGAGAAGAGCUGGUGAAGUUCCACGCUCGCUACGACCACCUCGCCCUAGACGUAGAUAGCAUGGUGGUUGGACCAGGCAGUAAAGAACUCAUUUACCUGACCAUGGCAACUUUUAGCGGAGAAAUCCUGCUUCCCGCCCCCGCCUGGACGACCUACGCCCCCCAGGCUCGACUCGCGGGAAAGGAGACCAGGAUCCUGCAGACGGACCGCGCCAAGGGAUGGAAACUCACGCCGGAGGUCCUGGAGGAGGCGGGGCAGCGAGGGGCGUCGAGGAAACUGCUCAUCUUGACGAAUCCGGGGAAUCCGACUGGGACAUGUUACAAGGAGGAGGAGUUGAAGGCGCUCAGCUCUGUCUGUCGCCGCUACGGAAUCCUUGUCCUGAGCGACGAAAUUUACGCCCGACUCACCUUCGACAGAAAAUACUCGUCCAUGGUAAAGUGUUAUCCCGAAGGCACUAUUCUGACGUCGGGCUUCAGCAAAUGGGCGUCGGCAGGAGGGUGGAGGCUCGGAUACGCCCACUUUCCCCCCGCCACUAGGCCGCUCAUGGAGGCCGUCAGGAAUGGGGCCUCUCACACCUACUCCUGUGCUCCAGCGCCCAUGCAAUAUGGCGUGGCAAAGGCGCUGCGAGACCAUAAGGAGGAGCUCGACCGAUAUAUGGCCGACUGCAGCAGGAUACUGGGAGCGGUGGGGAGCUUCUGCCACAGAGAACUGUCCAGCGUGGGCGUGGGCGGGUGUGUGAGUGAAGCUGGCUACUACUUCAUGCCAGACUUCGAGGUCGUCCGAGAGGGCCUGCGUGCUCGAGGAAUGUCCACGGGAGACCACAUGUCCAAGUCGAUGUUGGAGGAAGCUGAUGUGGCCGUAAUGUCCGCCCACGCUUUCCUACGCCCACCAGAGGAGUUCACGACCCGCUUUUGCUUCGUGUGCUUCGAUGGUUCGAACGCCCUCGAGAUCGCUCAGGGAAUGCCAGCGUCCCAACCCCUUGGCGACGACUUCGUUCGCCAGUAUUGUUCUCCGGUCGUCGAGGGGGUUGAGCGGUUGAAGUCUUGGGUUGUGAAGCAUACUGUUUGAGACAGGUGCAGUUAGCCAGGGUAGUAAAUUAAAGGACGUAAAAAAAAAAAAAAAAAAAGAAAAAAAAAUAAUGGGGUUUGGGACUUUUUUUUCUGCUUUUUCUACUGGUUCUGCUUUUGGUGUUUCUUUAAUGUUAGGUUAUUUUAUCGAGGUUUCUUUUAAGGGAGAGGUCUAUCUGAUCGGUUUUGUUUCUCUCUCUCUAUCUAUCUAUCUCUUUCUCUUUCUCGCUCUUUCUCUCACACUUACCUCUCCAUCAUCAGAGCAUUCCUUUUCUCUCAAACAAACAAAUUCAACAAGGUUAACUUACUGCAUUACCAGUCAAUAACAUACACUCAUAAGUGAACUUGUCCAUUUUAAUGCAUUUUCUAUGAUAUCUUU